CUCGUUUCCCGCCCACACUCUGUCUUCACAAUCGAGCGGCACUCUUCCGUUAGCUCUACUCGUACCAGAUGAGUUACGACUAUGCAUUGGUGCGCGCUAGAAGCGCUGCUUACCUUCCUCGCUCUUCAUCGCUCGAUAGAAGUUCAUCGCGAGCUCUAGUGACCCGCAGUCACUCACUUAGCGAUCUCAGCGGAUACUAUCGUUGGAGUGACAAAUACAGACCACAGUGGCAUACUGUAUAUCAGUAUACACCUUACAAAUGGCGUCGUGAUUGGGACUUGUAUGACGACUACUGGAACGAUCGCUACUAUUAUUUCUCUCCGCUCUACAGUUCCUACACAUCACCAUACAAACGGUAUUACUACAGCGAUUAUCUACCUAACCCAUAUUAUUGGAGUCCAUACUCAAGUUACUGGACUCGUUACAAGGGUUACUGGUACGAUUAUGACAGCCCUUACUACUAUCGCCGUUACUGGGAUUCGGCUUACAACCGAUAUCUCAACGACACGUACUAUCCGUACAGGUCCUACCUAAUGGAUUCGCUCUCGACAUCCCUUGGCCGUGGGUUGAGCAUGUCGAUACUUAUGGUACUACUAAUCCAUUUUCGCCACUAUACCUGUACACUAGAUAUUGAGAAAAAGGCCUCAUACGAUACCCCACGCUCGAAACCUAUUGGCUAACUCCAGCUUAUUGGGACAGAAGAUUUAAAGACUGGCGAGACGCAUACACGACGACUAAGGAUUUAUAUCUACCGUCAACGUUUGACCGGAAGACUCGUUCAUACUUUGCUAGCUGGACUAGUUAACUGCUGUCUUUGAUUUCAUCAGUUUCCCUUCACGCCUUUUCUUUUCUUGAUCGAUCGAUGUUAGCGAUUGUGGCACUAGAUCAGUCCAUAAUCACAGAACAGAAUUUAGCAAAUGAAUGAAGCUCGCUUCAAACUUCUUUCAAAUGCCAUGAUCGCUAAACUCAUCUAUAGCGAUGGUGCUUCGUUUUUAUACGAGUGUUUAUGUCUCUAUCCUCUCGAUUUUUACUGCUCUACCGCGAAUAUACAAUACUGCCAUUUUUGAAGCAUUUUUACGGGCGGAUCUAGAGUAGUGCCGCUGUAGCAAAUAUUAUUCGGUGAAUUGUAUGAGUACAUAUUUUCUAAGAACUCAUACGAAAGUAAAUAUUUGUGCAGA